GUCAAAUUUUGACUCAUCUUCUCGAGCUAAUCUUUAGUGUCAAAACAAUUUUUUGGCGAAAUUCAUACAAUGAAUAAUUAUCUAAUUUGAUUUUUCUUAACUGGAAUAGAACAACUGCAAUUUUGUUAUUCCAUGAAUCAACGCAACUGAGUUUUUUCAGAGAUAAACAUUUUUCAGUAUAUCAUUCUAUUCGACAUGAGUAUCACGGUUCACUAUUGUCUUAAGUGAUAAAUUCACCACCUACAUUCUUUAUUAACAUAAAAGAAGUACAUGAAUACUAAUUCGCUUAGAAGUGUUAAAAUUUAGAUGGAAGGCAACCUAAAUUCGCUCAGACUGAAGUGUUACGUGCUUUAAUUCAAUUAUUGAAGUUUGUGUUACUGGUUUUUGUGCCAAAUACUUUGUGGUUGAUGCCUGAAACUUGAAGAAUUCCAUUGUGCAAACAUCCAAAUAGGCCGACCAGACUGGCUGUGUGAUUUCCAGUAUGUGACCCGCAUAAGUUGCAUUUCUUUCGAACCUGCCGUUGAAAAAUUAACAUCACAUCCACGAUGUUUCACGGGGACACGCGCACUACCGGCACCUCGAAGGCCGGUACCACCAUCAGCCAGGCUCAAGCCCUCGAGUACUUUGAACAAUUCAUGGGUGCUACCACGCUGAAAAACAUUUUAGGUUACUUUAGGACGAUGUGCGAACUGAUCCACCUGAAACCGACCUACCUUCCACUUUUCUAUCCGAAACUGAAGGCUAUGCUGAACGGUUGGAAGGCGAAAGCCAUAUGGAAGAAGUUGGACUCUAGGGCUAAUCACAAAUGUUACGGCAAAGGUAAAAUUGGCGAGAAGACGAGAGUGCUGGUGAUAGGAGGCGGACCUUGCGGCUUGAGGACAGCGAUCGAGGCCCAGCUGUUAGGUUGUAAAGUUGUAGUUGUGGAGAAGAGGGAUCGUUUAUCAAGAAAUAAUGUACUUCACCUGUGGCCUUUCGUAAUUGAAGACUUGAGAGCAUUAGGUGCUAAGAAAUUUUUCGGAAAAUUUUGUGCAGGAGCCAUCGAUCACAUUAGUAUAAGACAACUUCAGUGUAUACUGCUCAAGGUAGCUUUAGUAUUAGGAGUUGAAAUUCACACAGAAGUCAGCUUCGAAAGUCUAGUCGAACCAAGUCAGGAUGAAAAAAUUGGCUGGCGAGCGCAGGUGAAACCCUCAGAUCAUCCCGUAUCACAAUAUGAAUUUGACGUGAUAAUAGGUGCUGACGGCAAAAGGAACACUCUGACAGGAUUCAAGAGGAAGGAAUUUCGCGGUAAACUCGCUAUAGCCAUCACAGCCAACUUCAUAAAUAAGAGGACCGAGGCCGAGGCGAGGGUGGAAGAAAUCAGCGGCGUAGCUUUCAUUUUCAACCAAAAAUUUUUUAAGGAUCUCUACCACGAGACGGGCAUCGAUUUAGAAAAUAUAGUUUAUUAUAAGGACGAGACGCACUAUUUCGUUAUGACUGCCAAAAAGACAAGCCUGAUAGAGAAGGGGGUGAUAUUACAGGACUUGGCCGAAACAGAAAGACUAUUAGCUCCAGACAACGUUAACCGUGAGGCUCUCCUGAAUUACGCCAAAGAAGCUGCAGAUUUCAGCACAAAUUACCAAAUGUCCAACAUGGAAUUCGCGGUCAAUCACUACGGUCAACCCGAUGUUGCCAUGUUCGAUUUCACAUCGAUGUAUGCUGCUGAGAACGCCUCGAAGGUACUGGAGAGGAACGGUUAUCAACUCCUCAUGAUUCUAGUCGGCGACAGUUUAUUGGAACCUUUUUGGCCCACUGGUUCUGGCUGUGCCAGAGGUUUUCUGUCGUCGUUGGACGCUGCGUGGGCAAUACGGACCUGGAGUCUAGGAAAAGCGAGUCCUCUCGAAGUGCUGGCCGAACGAGAAUCGACUUACAGACUGCUGGCCCAAACCACACCAGAUAAUUUGAAUAAGGAUUGGAAAUCUUAUACUUUGGAUCCGUCCACAAGAUAUCCCAACUUGAACAGGGCAACAGUAACGCCCCAUCAACUAGUCAGUUUGUAUGAUACAGAUGAUAUCCAGAAUAUUGAAAAAUUAGGACAGAACGUAGAUAAAGUAACCAAUAUUUCAAGAAAGAGGAGGAGAGAAAUUGUAGAUAGUGAAAUUCUUAUAGAAUGGGUGAAACGUCAGGUGGAAAGUCAUCCUAGUAUCAAGAUAACUGAUCUCUCUUCAAUUUUCCAUUCAGGAAAAGUACUUUGUGCAAUUAUCAAUCACUAUCGACCCGAUCUAAUAGAUUAUUCUAGUAUAGUAAACAACGAAGCAACACAAAACAAUCAGCUAGCCAUCGACGUUCUGGAGAAGGAUAUAGGUAUUUCUCCAAUAAUGACUGGUCAAGAGAUCACAUCAACCCAGGACAACCUAGCACUCACGGCAUAUCUCACCCAAAUCUACGAUGUGUUCAAGUCAGAAAUUCCACACGUCAAGCAUCCCAAACUGAGAAAUAUAUGGACUAUUUCAGAUUUAGCCGUUCCCAAACAAUCCCUAGAAUCCUAUUCACUCUCCGUAAACUCCCCCAAUGAUUCAGGGGUUGCAAUCAAGAAAAGCCAAUCAGAAAGCAUGAAUAAGCUAGUGAUGAAAUACUCUACCAGCACUCUUACCACAGAUUUCUCAGGUGAUGAUAGUAUAUUCAAGUUAUAUCCUUACUUUUUGUCCACAAAACCAUCCGAAUGUGGUACAGAAACGGAUUUACACCAAGAAAAAGAAAUAAGCUUCAAGGAUCCAGUAGAACAAUGUCAAGAACUGCAGGCAAUCGAAACUGCGAAAGCAAUGUCCAUUAAAAAUACAUCGACGGAAAUGCCCCGAAAAAUGUUAACACAAUUUCCUGGUAAUUUUUCCUUCAAGCUGAGAAGUAAACUAGUGCAAAAGAAGUGCUCAUUGAAGAAGUCUGUCAGAAACUUCCAGGAUCAAUUCCAGAUUCAGGAGUUAGAAUUCAAUACAUCUAAUCUUGCGGAUGGUUCAAGAGAAUUAUACUUCAUUGAGAUCUUAGACAAAAAAAGAAAAUUUUCGCCCUUCUUCAAACCGUCCAGAACGACUCUGAUUAUGACUGCAAACACAUCCUACCCCACAAAAGUGAUCAGAACAGAAAAAAGUAAUGACAGAUGCGUCAAUGGCAAAUGCCGAAUUCCGAAGGAAUUUCAUAUAAAUUUUUCGUCUGAUCCUAUCAUGUGUGAUGCAGAAGAGAAAGAGAGUAUAAGUCCAGAACAAGUUUUCAGCAGAGUAUCGAAUUGGAUUGAAAGUAACGAUUUUGAAGAAGAAAGCGAAAGCACUGAAGUUGUCAAUAAUAAAACGGAACCAAUUGAAACAAACAUCGAAGAAGGUUUUUCAGAUAUAACUUCCAUAACGAAGUGCUUGGAGAAAAAAAGUAUGGGAAAAGAGAAAAAACUCAUAGUUGGAGAACUGUUCGACUCCAAAGGAGAUAUUUCGAAACAGGAUGAGGAAAAAUUCCCGAACAAAUUGAAAGCUCUCGCCUGCAACCAAAUGUUUAAAACUUUAGGAAAAUUAUCCCAUUUCACCCUUUUUCCCAACGAAGCUAAAUUAGAAAGUCCGGCUCCUUUUUCUGUAAUAAUGGAAGGGCAAGAGUCAGAACUUCCCGAAAGCAAGAAUACCGUAACUAGUUUUAAGACACUUCUGAAGGAACCAAGUGCUGUAAUCGCAUCUAACGUUGCAUCGAGACCUUCGAGUAGACAUAAGAGGCAUGUUGAGGGAAUAUUAUCCAAUAAAAGUGCGAAUAUUGAAAGGAAAACCAGGAAGAGAAGAACACUCGAUAAAAGUGGCAGUGUAGCAGAAAUACAGAAACAGUUCGAGGAAGGUAAUAGUUCUAAGAGCAGUAGAUUAUCGAAGAGGCAGCAACAACGAAAGAGACAUGCUGAACAUUUCAUAAAAAGUAUGCAGAUGCUUGCCGCUAAUGCAAAACCUGAUUGCCCAUUUGAGGAUUAUUCAAUUUUUGUAUAUAGGCAAACGGCGAGAAAUUUCGAGGAUCGAGUGAAAGAUUUAGAAAAAAAAUUCACCUACAUACCUGAAUAUGACACUAAAGUUCCUUCACUGAUCCGUACAAAUACAGAUGACGAAUUUGCCGCUAAAAUAAAAUCUAUAGAAGAAGGAUGGCAGAGUAGGCAGUUGGUGGAAAAAAAACCCAAGGAUCUCAUGAGAAAGAUAGGUAAAAUAGAGACGUCGGAUUGGAAUAUAAAAGAAAUUGAAAAGAAGAUUAAAGAAAAUAAAUUGGGUAAACCAAUAGUGAGAGACAAGGAAAAAGUGCCGAAAUGGAGCCGGGAACAGUUUGUGGCGAGACAAACGAAAUUGGAGAAACUUGAUAGGCAAGAUAGCGCAGAAGCCAAGUAUGCAGAUAUUGAUAAGAAUUUGAAACAUUUAGAACUCAAACUAAAGGAAGGAACAAAUAGAGAUCUGGGCCAAAAUAAAAUAGCGAGCAUAACUGAAAAACUUACCAGUAAAAUUCCAGAACCCCCAGAACCUGUAGUACCAAAAAGUGUUGAUAAACCUGUUAUAAUUCCGUCUUACAGUGGAUCCGAAUUCUGUCACUUUUGCAAUAAAAGAGUAUAUCUUAUGGAGAGACUUUCAGCGGAAGGCAGAUUCUUUCACCAUGGCUGUUUCAAGUGUCAAUAUUGUAGAGCUCAACUCAGGCUUGGAUCUUACGCAUUUGACAAAGAUGGCAUCUAUGGCCACAAGUUCUUUUGUUUACAUCACUAUGGUAUGCAGGGUAAAGCUCCUACUACGACCAAAGUGGCUAGAAAACCAUCCCAGAGAGACACAAAACCUACAUCGAAAAAAUUAACGGGUGUUUCAGGAGUAGAUUUAUUAGAUAGAGUCCGUACGCCGGAAAGGGCUGAAUUUUCCAAUUUGAGCCUUGGCUCUUCUGACCUAGAAGACUCAAUAAGUCAGAUGGACGAAGACGAAUGGACCGACAGGAAUUUUGGUGCUUCGACUGCUGAAAUUGGAAGCAGUGACGAUGAGGAUGAUUCAUCAAGUUACAGUGAUACGGACAGCGACGAUGAAGAUGCGUACGAAGAAGCAAUGGAAGAGCCAGCCACAAAGGAAGGAACCUUGAAGUGGGCAGAGAGAAUGAGCAAGCGGCAUUAUUCAAAACAGGAUAAAUCAGAUUCUGAACCCUAUGGCAGUUCGGAUUCCUCGAGUUACUAUGAAAAUAGUACAGACGAUGACGAAUCUGACACCGCAACAGAGGGGGAGGAAGAAAUCAGGGCCAGGGAACUGCGAUUACAAGAAGUUCGUCUCGAACCUCCAAUAAUACAAGCUGACACUGGCACUGAUACAGAGGUGAAGUGUAACUUAAAAACCUCCGAUAAUUUAAAUUUAUCCCAUAGUGAAACUCAAUGUUCAGACCCGAGAUUUUCUCAAAAUUCUUCUAGUAACUCAAUAAACUCGACCGAUUUCGAUAGCGCCUUGGAGGACAAUUUCGACAUAAACUUCAACAAUGUUAUCUCAAAAAACGAGGUAAACGCACCAAUUAACCAUUCAUCCAUUGACUCCGGGGAUGAUAGUGCAACUAUUUCCAGAAGUGAACCCAAUUCGAACGUUACUGUGAUUGAAAGAACACUGGACAAGAAUGUAGAUAAUUCCGAUUGCAUUAUUGACGAAAAUAAUAAACAAAUUCCGCGUAGUUCUCAAACAAUAAGUGCAUCUCUCGAAAAUAACGAAGUAGUGCUAACCGAAGUGUGCGAUUCGACGGUUCCUAACGGGAAAAAUAGUCAGUCCGAGGAAAAUUGUGUUAGUCCCUCGAUAAAAAUGAGCAAGAAAUUUUUCGGUAGUGCGUUUGUCCCCACGUUCCAAAAGGAAGAACCGGAGCCUUUGCUCGUGAUCAAACGAACGCCGAGCAAAAUAAAUUUACCUAAAGAAGUAGGAAAACCCAAAGUGGCUGUAAAUAAGAAUAUCGAGGAGAAUGCGAAGAAAUAUUUCGGUGCUCCGCCGAAACCUACGCUGCGUAGAUCUAGUACGGCCAGAAAUAUACCUAAACCGAAAGUUUCAGAUCGGAGUUAUUUCAAGAGUAGUUCGCUGAAUAGCAAUUUUUCUUUCAAUUUCGAGCCGGAAGAGGAGGAUCUGAAAAAUACAGAUGAUUAUAUCGAACAGUUGCUAAAGAAUGAAAAAGAACUGAUGAAACCAAUCGAUCCUGAUAAAUUUAGAAGACUCUACGAGACCGAUGAAAAUGAACAGAAAAAAAGCGAUAGUAUCGACGAUUUACUCGAAGCGUUAGAAAUGGAAACUUACGAUGAUGUGUUCGAACAUUCUGUCAUGAAGGAAAAGGACGAAAAAAUUGAAAAGCUACUGCAAUGGAUGGACGAUGUCGUACAUCAAGAAGAUAACAUUAAAGUUCCUGGUAAAUUGAAAGGUGAUAGUGGUAAAUAUGAUAAUUUAGAAGCUAUUCUGAAGACUGAAAAGACUGCUGCACCCGUGGCUAAGUUGGCUAAAAAUAACAUUAAAUAUUUCGAUGAAUUGUUAGCUGGAAAAAAUUCUGAAGCGGAGGAUGAAGUGCCUGCUAGAAAAUUCAGCUGGACGAGAAAUGAUGUAGACAAUCAUUUGGCUAAACAUAGAACGUCCUUGGAUUUAGAUGCUAUCAAAAAAGUAAACAUAAAAAAUGUUCUCAGGAAAUUCGAAAGUAUGGAUUAUACAAAUGAUGAUGAACGUGCAAAUAUAGGUGGUAUUGAUCAUGUUGGAGAACGUAAAAAGCCUUCUUUAACAAGAUCAAAAACUGAAAUACAUUUCAAUAAACCUAGAACCUCCGUAGACCUAGAUGCUGUUAGUAAGGUUGAUAUAAAACAAGUAUUGAAAAAAUUCGAAAACGCUGAUAAGAAAGAGGAUUCACCCGUUUUACCCAGAAGGAGAAGUUCAUCUUUCGCUAAUUUCAAGAAAUCUAAUUUAAAAGUAAAGGACGACCCCAAAAAAUGUUCUGAUGAGAAAAUUGCCCAAAAUAGCAGGGUGACGAAUAUACAAAAUGAAUAUUCAGAAAAUGGAACAAAGAAAAAUUCAUCUUCGGAUCCGAUAGAAAAAACACCAGAGAAAUGCCAAAACGAAACUGAUUCGUUCUUCAACAUCCAAGUAAAGGUGAACUAUGAACAAUAUCCGAUGGAGUACACAAAUUCCUAUGAACCAGAUUUAAAAGUUUAUCCUAACGAAGAUGCAACUAACAUUCUUGGAAUUAGCGAUAAGGAUAUGAAAUCCAUCUCAGAAUCACAAGUUGAGGAAGCUGAUUCAGAAAUAAAAAACCAACAACAAAAUAUUUGUGAAAUCACUUCCCAAAAUAAUCCUGUAUUCAAACCAGAAGAAUGUGAAGGCGAUGCCAUCAAUAAUAUUGCUAAUAUACAAAAUUGUCGCAAUGAAAAUACACAAAAUGAAAUAUCUUCCAAAAAAAAUUCCGAUAGCCUAACAAAACAUCAGAUCCUUUCAGAAUAUGAUCCAAAAACAACAUUUAAAAACGAGUCUUCUAUUCAAAGCAAUGAGAUAAUAACUUCAGAUGUCAUACCCCCAGAAGAAAAAUAUGAUUCUGGUUCGGCUCAUAGUGAAAAAGAAAUAAAAGAUCAAGAAAACGAAACUAACACUGAUACAAAUAAAGAAGAGUUGGGAAAACUAGAAAACAUUAUUCCAGUGCUUGAAUACAAAGUAUUCGAUAAGAUCCAACAAGAUUUGGAUGAAAUGAUAGGAUCUUUGAACGAUAUGGACAACACUAAUCGAAAAUCACUCGUCAAAGAAGUGGAGGAACCUGCACAGAUUGAAUCCUCAAAAACCAGUAAAACCGUAACAUCGAACUUGAAAAAUAAUGAUAUUAUUAUAUCUCAUUCUGAUUCAAAGAAUAUUAAUGAAGGUGAAACUAAUAUAAGAUGCGACGAAAGUGAUAAACCUGACACUCUUGAAAAUGAACCAAAGAAAGAAAAUAUUAAAAGUGAUAUUGAAAAAAACGGGACAAAUUAUGAAAAGUUGGAAAGAAUAGAGAAUAAUAAUAACAAUUUUUCACUUCUGAAACAAGAAGUAUUCGACGAAAUUCGAAAAAUUUCUGAUUCAAUUCAUACUGAAAAUGGAAUAAAAAACCAAGAAAAAGAAACUAACACUCAUACAAAUAAAGAAGAGGUGGGAAAAACAGAAAACAUUAUUCCAGUGGUUGAACACAAAGUAUUCGAUAAGAUUCAACAAGAUUUAGAUGAGAUGGUGGGAUCUUUGAACGAUAUGGUCGCUACUAACGAAGAAUCACUAGACAAAGAAAAAACUUCUGGGGGCGUAUUAAAUGAAGAAAUCGAUACUUUCAAAAAACAACUUAACGCGAAAAAUACUGAUACCACUACAGAAAUUCCUGUUUUGUGCUGUGAUAAAUCUCCAAUAAAUGAAAACAUGUCUUAUGACGCGCAUAUUAACAGUGAAAAGUCGGUAUUCUCAGAUGAGAACAGCAGUGAUGCGUCCAGCGAAAUUCAGAACUCUGCUACGGAAAUAUCGACCGAUUCCGAGUUUGCUCAAGAUGAUCCUACUCCAACAAGUGAGGUUCCGGCAAUUCUCCUCAACGAUCUUUACAUAAACACAACCAGAGGUUCCUCAUCGAACCGGCCCAAAAAAAUUCAGGUGACCAGCGGCUUUCUACAGAAACCCUCCAAUGGAAAGGCACUCAAGCAAGACAUUGAGUUGAAACUGACACCUCUCGUAUCUCCUGCGCCAAGUUUGAGGAAACUCACGUCAUCUAUUAAACCACCAUCCGAACCAUAUGCUUUGAAUAGGACACAGAGCACUGGGGGUAUUGCCACUAAGGUUUCCCUCGAACUCAAAAAGAAAUAUUUAUUAGGUGAAUCCAUUGGUGGCAGCGGCGGUGGUAAUAUUCAGAAGUCUGGCAGCGCAUCGACUCUUGAUACCAAGUUGAAAUCUUUCUGUUCGAACAUCUCGGACUGUCAGAAGUUGUUGAAACCUGCUCCAGAAAUAAGCGCGAGUAUGCAGACUUUCUGCAAGAAACUCGAUGAGAACAUAUCGCCAAUCCUCAGUCCAUUAACAGUCAAAACUUUCAGUAAACCAACGAGUCCUAUAGAAUCGAAUGAAAAUGAAGAAAAUAAGAAUUUACCACCACCUGAUCUCAUCAACGUUACAGUUACUGAAAAGAAAGAGGAAAAAGACGUUUCAGUGUUUGAGAAUGAAACUGAAGGCCGUCCAAGGAGUCCACUUCAUGAAACAUCCCUCAUUGUACCUGAAAUCGAUUGGAAAAAAGUUUCGCAUUGCGCGGAAAGCCUGUCUUCCUCCUCAACCACUUCUUCUUCAAGCGAUGAACAGAUAAAAACUCCCAACCUCUCGCAUAAAAAUAUUCCAACAGUUGAAGUUUGCGAAGUGGAAGACUGUCAGGAAAUAGUGAAAAAUUCGCAUGAAACCUCACAAAAAUCUAUCUCAAGUGACAAAAAACAGUUGAAUCAACCUAAGACACUACCAGGCUUGAAAACUGACGCAAAGAAGAUACCACAAGAAGCUGGUUAUCAAAAAAUGUUAUCACAGGAUGAUAGAUCAAGUGCAUGCAGCACACCAAUAUCAGUUGGAGAUGAUAUGACGAAUGCGUUCACAGAAACCGAAUUAUCUGAUUGGGCAAGGGACGGUGGGGUAUCGGACGAUCUAGAAGGCGUCGCUUUCGAUUUGAACGAGGAGGAGCCACGGAAACAAACAAUACCCGACUUGCACACUAUUGGUCAUAUUUGUGGAAAAACAGAAGAAGAAAACGAAAAAGAACCUCUAAGUGCCAAUUUUGACAGUAUCGAAUUCAUGGAUACCUGUACAGAAAGUAACAGCGAAGAAGGAGUUGUUAAUAGUAUAACGUACAACAUAUUGAAUAACGAAGAAAUCGCAGAAGAUAGUUUGAAUCCAAUCAUCAAUAACAUUGUAGAAGCACAAAACACUGUUAUUACCGAGAUGAAGAUCAAGAAUUCCGGUUAUUGCAUAAUAGCUUCCGACAACAACAAUUUCGGAGGUAAGGUUGUGAAUUUGAGACCUGCGGAUGUUGAACAUCUGAAACAGAACCAAAAUCUUUGCGAACGCGAAGAGGACAGCUUAUUAGUAGUAGAAACAACUACUGAGGAGAAUACUUGUAGUGAUUCUACCGUGAAAAACGUUACGGAAAUACCGAAAGAUUUCAACUCGGCAUCGAACACUCAAAAACAGAGGUUGGAGGAGAAAUUGAGCCAAUUGAAAAAGGAGAAAGAAGACAUAUUACUUCAGGCGAGAAUCGAAAAAGAAAUAGAAAAAAAGGAAAAAGAGAACGAAACGAAAGAUAUACGAAAUAUCGAAUUCGAUGAACACUGCCAAAGGUUGCAAUCAAAGGUUGAUUUCGGAAAUGUGAAAGAUUCGAUUGAUAUCAGAAAGUCUAGGAGAAGAAGUAAAGAUUCACCCCAGAAGCCGGAUUUCAUCCAAGAGGAAAAGCAAUGUUUGGAACUAAAAAAUUCUUUGAAAGAUAUCACAUUGAAUUUAUCGCCCACUAUCAAAACUCCCGAUCAAAUAUACAAUAAAGAAGUUAUAGAAAAAGAAAGAAAUGUAAACCAAAGACUUGUCCAAGAAAUGGUUAUGAGUAAAAUGAGGGCGGAAAAUAAAGCACUGGAUAGAAAGAUUAGAAAUAGACCAACAACGAAUAUUCUAAAUAAAACUGUCCAGUUAUCAAAAUCUGCAACUGCCGAUAUCGCCAAAAUGAACAUGGGCAAUUUAGACAAUUCCAUGAAAAGAAUUGUCGAGCACACUUCUGGUAAUUUUGUGCUGAAAGAGAAAGAACCGAUCGUUGGAAUGAGUUCUUUACAAAAAUCGCAGACCAGUCCAAAUGUUCUGGGGGACAACAGAAGUAUAUACGACUUGGAAAUUACACCCAUAGCGCCUCCUAGAUCGAAAGAUUUAAAGAAUGCUACUGAUAAAUUGAAGUCUGAAGCAAGGGCGAGAGCUAAAAUGUUAUCGAAUGAAGAAUUAGGUCUGAGUCCAGAAGAUAAAUUACUGAGGUUGAGAGAAAAAUCAAGAAGAUAUGAACGUAGCGCUAACUCUGAAUGUUCCGAGUUUCAACUAUAUCCCACAGCGUUGAAUUCUCAAACGCCAGUUUCUUCCAAAGAUGCUUCGAGGAAAAGUAGACCAAUUAGUGAAUAUUUACCAAAAUACGACAACAGAAAGAGUUUCAGUCCGGUUGGAGGCAAGGGCAAUGAUAAAAAAAUGUGUCGAUCUGAUUCAAAUUUGUUCAGAACGGUGAAUGAUAAGGACAAAGUGAAAGAUGAAAGUCCAAAAAAGGGAAUCAAGUUCACGAAAAUUAUGGAUCUAUUCUCUAAGAAGAGCCCAAAAGGAUUAUUCUCGAAGAUUUCACCUAAAUCUAAGGAUGUUUCAAAGUCAUGCCCAACAUUAUUUGAGUGGACGCCAAUGACAACGGAAAAAGUAUCUUUGCCUAAAGGAACUAAAAUGAAAGGUGUCCAAGAAGUUUUACCUCAAAGAAGUAGCCCAGAAAUACCUCCGCCAGUGCCUCCGUUACCUCUUUGUUAUACAGAGAGCCUUCUUCGACGAUCAGAAGACAGCUCAGAUGACGAUUUCAAAUGCAGUAAAAAAAGUUCCUCGGAAAAUCUUGGAGGUCCAGUAAAUUUGGAUGAUUCCGUGUCCAGUUUAACGGAGAGACAUUCUUGUAAAAGGAGCAGGAGAUCAGUCAGAGAGGCACAACUCAAAAGACAUCGAAUGGCCCAAGAAAUUCAACGUAAGCUAGAAGAGACCGAAGUGAAAACUAAAGAACUCGAGGACAAGGGUGUAAUGAUAGAAAAAGCGCUCAGAGGAGAAGAUGGUGAAGGCUCUUCUAAACAGGAAUCGGAGCUACUUCAGGAGUGGUUCGACAUAAUGCGUGAUCGAACUGAAUUGCGUAGAUACGAAAAGGAACUUAUGGUCAGAGCGCAGGAAUUAGAACUGGAGGACAGACAUGCUCGACUUCAGCAUCAGCUCAGGAAAAGGCUGAAAGAAGAGAACAAAAGUGAAGAAGACAAAGAGAUAGAUUAUAAAAUCAUCAAUGAGAUGCUCGAAAUAGUGUCCAAGAGGGAUUCCCUUAUUGCUUUGCUCGAGGAAGAUAGGUUGAGGUACCUCUCUGAAGAUCGAGAUUUUGAAGAACAAAUGCUCGCCAAAGAUCUUCAUCUCACACCAAAAUGGAAAACCAGUGAAAAAUAAGGAGUUGUUCUUGCAGUGAUGUGAUAAAAAUAUAGUUAACCUUUUUUUUAAUACGCGAAAAUUACCUAGAAAAAUAAAUUUUGCUUUAUAUUUCUCGGCGGAAAUAUGGCAAUAUGUAAAAAAUUGCUUACUUGGUCUAUAUUGUAGAGAUAAACAGGGUGUUGCAGAAUAUGUAUUGAUAACAGUUAUAUUCUUGAUGCUGAGAUAAGAAACCCAUUCGUAUUACUACAAAAGUGAAAUAACGAAAUUUCGAAAAUAAUGGUGCUGAAUUGGAAAAUUUCAGUUAUAAGAAUUGUAAAUCAAUGAAGUUGACAUUGAAACCUCCCUGAAUCAUGCAUAUUUAUUUGGUUUCACAUGCUCGUUUUUGAAAAUGUAGUGAAAUUAUAAUUUCUUUAGAAUUUAUGGCCUAUUACGUAUUAUUUAUAUUAUGUGUUCCCGUUUAAGUUGAAUUUUUUAAAUUUUAUACAUCACAUUGUUUUUUGUGAAUGAAAGAAUUGUGUGAUACAUUUAUUCUGGAGCUGUAUUGCUUCUCAGUAUAUACUAGCACUCAUAGCUAGAUUAAUUUUUCAUUAAACUGUAGGUAUUGAAAUGUAAUUUAUUACCAUUAGAAAAAUAUAUUUUACAUCAUAUUGUAUGUGUAGAAGGUACUUAUUAUAUUUUAGUGUUAAUUUACGUGAUAUUGAAGUGAAAAACUUUGAAAUAAAUAUUUUGGUAAUUGUCAUUGACAUUGCUCAUUAAACUUUUAUUAACAAAAA